CUGAACGUUAUUAGAGGAAUUUUUUUUUAAUUCACCAACUUUUAAAUUAUAAACUCACAUAAAAUGUUAAUAUUAACAAUUUUGAAUUUGUUAUUUUAUUUUUGUGUUUCUAACGCACACGUUUCAUGGAACGAAGAGGAAAUUGAAAGGACUGUGAAGCCAAGUGUUAGAAAAUUUGAAGAUUCGUGGAGAAAUAACAUAUACAAAGGACCAUUUUUUCACUACAAAAAACACUUUGGAAUAAUAAUUAAAAAAGAUACAACUUUUACUCUAACAAUAGAAACUUCAAAAAUUAUUCAAAAUUUAGAAUUUUCCUGCCCUACUGAAAUAUCAGAAAAAUUUAUAAUAGUAGGUUUUGGUGAAAAGGGAAAUAGUACAGAAAAAUUUACAACAAAAGUUGAUUGCGUUCCAUUAUUAACUGUUUCAUACAAUGUACCAGUGAUGGUAAAAAUUAAAACUAAAAAUUGGAAAAUUUUACCUAUUUUUGAUUCGAGAAAUUUAACUUUACUCACCUCACAAGAACCUGAACAAGAAUUUUACAAAAAUGUUGAAACUUAUGGUUUUGUUGAAAAUUAUUACACACAAAUGUUAUUAUCAGCAAACGAUAUUAAAACAAUUUUAUCCCAAAAAUUAAAUUUAUUUAUUGCAUUGCAAAAUCAAGUGGAUUUAAUAAAAUACUACAAUUAUUUAACAGGCGCCAGUCGAUAUGUAAAUAAAAAUGAUUCAUUAUCAUAUCAUUUAGUAAACAAGCAACGAUUUUUCCUUCGGACAGAAAAAAAAAAUGAGGCAUAUGCAUAUUCAGGCAGUCCUUGGUUAAAAUUUACUGGUGGAUUCGACGAUGUUUUAAUACCAACUCGAGCUAAAGAGUGGGUUUUAUUACACGAAGUUGCUCAUCAAUAUGACAUAUCAGGUGUGACUGAUGGUUUUGGAAAUACUAUUGAUGUAUGGACAAAUGUUUUUUGUGCCUUAUAUCAAAAUAAAUUUAAUUUGAAACAUUAUUGGCUUUCAUUUUCAGAAUCAGACAAAAAUGAAUUUAUAUCAUUGUAUCAUAACAAAGGUACUUCUACAAACUGGAAUCAUAGACAAAAACUACAUCUUUUAAUGAAUUUAUUUGCCUACGAUGGUACUGAUAAAGCAUUUAGAGAAUUUAAUAUUCGUUACUAUUCGAAGAAACAUGUCAACAAAUAUGUUAUAAUUUCAUUAAUUUUAGAAGUAUUUUUCGAUCUCUACGAAAUAAAUUUAUUGCCAUUUGUGAAGAAAUUUAUUAAUUUUAAUACAAAUGGUCAUCUAGUAAGUCAACAUUUAGAAAUACGACUUUUGAAUGGACAUCCUGUAAUGCCUGCUAUUGAUUUUAAUUUAAAGCCAAUAGAAUUAUCAGCCAGAAGUAGAGAAAAAGAUUGGCGGCAAUCUUUACCUUUAACAUUGAUGCCAAAAAUGAAGAAAAAAUAUGUCGAUGUUACUUUUACCAUUGAAUCACCAAUUGAUCCAAGAAAUUUUUGUCUUUAUUUGAAUAACAAUUGUCACAAUAUUACUGGAAAACUAAUGAAUAUUAAAUUACAGUCUGAUGUUUAUUCUAUUUUUAUAGCGAUAGAAAAAAAUGGAAAUCUUUAUAUUAAUGAUGUAAACUAUCACAUUAUUUCUCAAGAAACAAAAAUUCAUUUGAUAAUUAAUGAAAUUACACAAAAUAGUGUAUUUUUACCAUUAGUGCAUUAUGAAUUUCAUGCCCUAGGUAUUGGUGACUGGCGUUUUUUAAACAUAUUUAUAAACUUUAAAACAAUGACAAUAGAAAUACAACAAUUUGUUGGCGUAAUUCAUCAAUAUUUUCCAAAGGAAUUAUAUUUUUCGAUAAGUUUAGAACGAAAUGAUUCUAUAAUUUUUAAUUACAAUUUUUUUGGCAUCCAGGAGAAUGAACAGCUUAUAAAUGUAAGACAUAAAUUGAAAGUUAAUGAUAAAAUUCAUAUGUUCCAUGCAGAAUCACCAAUUCGUCUGCUGUUUAAUUCGAAGAAAUAUAAUGAAUUAAAAAAAAAUACUUUUGUCAUUACAAAAGUAGGUUUAAAAGAUGUUCAUGACAAUGAUUUUAAACUAAUUUCUUCGGAUAUUAAAAGAAUUGAUGAAUUUAAUUCAAAAUACAAUAUGGACUUAGCCAAUAAUACUUUGCAUCAUAUUUUAUUUAAAUAUUAUAUUAAUAAAUUGCGUUUUAAUGGCUUGGAAAAAUAUAUUCCUAAUUCUUGGGUUUAAUGGUGGAUUUAGAAAAAUUUGCUUUAAAGGAGAAAUAUUUCUUAGAAGCGACAUUCGUUGAUUUUUAAGACUUUGUAGCUACGUUUAAAUAAAAAAAAUUUGUCGAUGAAAAUAUUGUUUUAUUAAAUAUCAAUGUAAUAAUAAUAAUAUGUAUUAA